CAGUGAUGCAGCAGCUCGGUCACUGAUGAUGAAGAGGACGUGAGAGAGAAAGAGGAGGAGGAGGAAGGAGGUUAUUUCUCUGAGUGUGUGGCACUUUAUGUUUUUUUUUUGUGUGUUGUUGUUGAGGAAGUCACUAAAGAAGAAGCUAAAGAAAAUGGAGGACGUAUGCACGGCCGUGCCUGCUGGCUUUCCCCGAGCAUCGACGACUAAACCCGGGAUGUUUGUGCUCGGCUCGUCGCUGGACUGAAAAAAACGGACCGGGGGAUGCUAGUUAGCUCGCUAGCUUUUGCUCUUUGAUGUUUGAUCACCACAGCAGCAAAAAGGAGAUUAAAAACUUUUAAAUCCUCCUUGUUUUCAGGGAGUAUUAAACCAGUCACCAUCGGCGUGAACUCAAACUUUUAACUCUGUUUUUUUUUAGCGUUAGUUAUCUGACUUUUAUAUAAAAGAAGAAGAAGGCUAAUGAGCUAAUUAACGUAGCUCAUCAUGACAGCGGCCAGGUUCAGGUUGUCAGACAGCGGCUAAACCCGCAGAAAACGUCGAUUAAAUGACAGAUAAGUGCGAUUAUUUAAAGUAGUUUCUUAAAUAUGUGAGUUAAGGAUUGUGUGUGGCUCGACAAACUAACGCUCAAACACGAUAUUUGCCUCAUUUGGUUCAUUGGAAACUUUAUAACACUACCUCAGAGGACACUAUGUAAGAGUGAAGUCGUGUGAUUUCCCUUAAAAUGCGUUGAGCAAGGCCACAAGUGUUGGCACAUAGUACGGUUUCUUUUUUCAAAGUGUUGCUCAUAACCGCCAGACAUGCGUCUCUCCUCCUUCCUGGCCGUGUUCAGGCCUGCUCUGCCCCUCAUCCUCGGGCUGUCAUUGGGGUGCAGUCUGAGUCUUUUGAUGGUGUCCUGGACACAAGGGGACACCGACGACUCCUGCAGAGAUGAGCUGGGCAAUGGGAGGCUUUUCCUGGGCAGAGGAGAUGCCCAGAGAGACUCGAGGGAUGGAGCUGCAGAUGAAGACUUUCAGCCACGUAUCGUGCCCUAUCACAAGGAUCCAAACAAGCCACAUAAGAAAGUGCUAAGAACUCGAUAUAUUCACACUGAACUGGGCAUAAGGGAGCGCCUGCUCGUGGGUGUGCUGACCUCCCGGGCCACCCUCAACACGCUGGCCGUGGCGGUGAAUCGCACAGUCGCCCACCACUUCCACCGCACCUUUUUCUUCACGGGCUUGCGCAGCCCUAAAGUGCCUCACGGCAUGACUGUGGUCGCCCACGGCGACGACCGUCCGGUGUGGCUGAUGUACGAGACGGUGCGUCACCUCCAUCAGCACUACGGCUCGGACUACGACUGGUUCUUCUUAGCCCAGGACGACACUUACAUGCAAGCGGAUCGUCUGUCGGAGCUCGUGGGUCACCUCAGCGCAGGGCAGGAUCUGUACAUGGGCAGGGCGGAGGAGUUUAUUGGUGGAGAGGAGAAGGCACGAUACUGUCACGGGGGCUACGGCUAUCUGCUGUCUCGCAGUCUGCUGGGACGUCUGCAGCCGCACCUCGACACCUGCCGUAAUGACAUCCUCAGCGUGAGGCCCGAUGAGUGGCUGGGCCGCUGCAUUAUUGACUACCUGGGUCUCAGCUGUGUGGAGGUGCACCAGGAGAUGACGUAUCGUUACUUUGAGCUCGGGAAAAACGCAGAUCCAGAGCGCGAAGACAGCGCACAGUUCAAAAACGCCUUCACCGUCCACCCCAUAUCGGAACCGAACCUCAUGUACCGCCUGCACAAACGCUUCAGCCAGAUCGAGCUGGAAUGGACGUACCUACAGAUUCAACAGCUGCAGAUGCAGAUCAACAAUCUGAGCGACCUCACGCCAGAGGGCAAGUCCGGAGUCACGUGGCCGAUUGGAAUCAACCCUCCCUUCAAGCCAAGAACCCGUUUUGAGGUCAUAAACUGGGAGUACUUCACAGAAGAGCAUAUUUACUCGUGCGUUGACAGCUCACCCAAGUGUGAGAUGAAAGGGGCCGACCGUGCCGACGUAAACGCGGUUCUGGAGAUCGCCGUGGAGCGUCUGAACGAGCGCUACCAGCCCCAGCUCCGCUUCCGUAAGCGGCGUCUGCUGAACGGUUACCGCCGCUUUGAUCCCACGCGUGGUAUGGAGUACAUGCUGGACCUCGCGCUGGAAGCUUACACCCAGAAAGGCCACAGUCAAGUCAUCGCCAAACGGGUUAACUUGUUGCGGCCUUUAAGUGCAGUUGAGAUUAUCCCCAUGCCUUAUGUGACGGAGGCGACACGGGUGCAGGUCAUCCUACCCGUCACUGCCCAGGAUCAGGACUUUGUUGGUAACUUCCUGGAUAUGUACGUGAUGAACACUUUGGACACCCACGAUAAUGUUUUACUCACGUUCUUGUUCAUCUACGAUCCCUUUGACGCGCAGCGAGUCAGCCAGACGGACGUGUUCGCCGGCAUUAAGGCCAUGAUCGGGGAGGUGGAGAAGCGCUACGGAGACGUGAAGAUCCCCUGGAUCAGCGUGAAGACGGAGGUGCCCUCGCAGGUGAAGCUGAUGGACAUCAUCUCUAAGAAGCACCCGGUGGACACGCUGUUCUUCCUCGCCAGUGUGUGGACCGAGGUCAACGCUGACUUCCUGAAUCGCUGCAGGAUGAACGCCAUCAGCAACUGGCAGGUCUUCUUCCCCAUCCACUUCCAAGAGUACAGCCCCGCCGUCGUCUACCGUGACCAGCAGCCCUCUGCCGCCUCUUCCUCUUUCGCCUCGGAGUCGCUUCGAGACGGCCACUUCGACCGCCACGUCUUCGACGAGGCCUGCUUUUACAACGCGGACUACAUGACCGCGCGGACCAAGAUGGCUGCGGACAUCUUGGACAACGAGGAGCUGCUGGAGAGCAUGGACGUGUACGACAUAUUCGUGCGUUACUCGGGGCUGCACGUGUUCAGAGCCGUGGAGCCGGCUCUCAUCCAGAAGUACGUGCGUCGAACGUGCAACCCGCGAUUCAGCGAGGACAUCUACCACCGCUGCGUCCUCAGCAACCUCGAGGGUCUGGGGUCACGCUCGCACCUCGCCAUGGCUCUUUUUGAACAAGAGCAGGCCAACAGCACCUAAAAGUCUUGACUGCCGGGGCCUCAAACGUACUGCUUGGACUCACGCGGAAUAAUGUGAAUCGUGUAUCCAUACACUGAAAUUCUCACCUUUUGUAUUUGGCUCGGGUGCGUAAAUAUCUAACUGUAUCCUCCAGCUGAAAAACUCUGUGCUCAGCGCUUCGUCUGACUCACGAGUCCAUAACUCUGAACCUGUCAUGUCUCGACGAAUUAUGACUCCAGGAGCUGUGCUCUCACACACUCCCCUGAAUGUGGACUAAUUGUAUUAUGCCAUUGAUGUAUUCUCAUAGGAGUCAAGGAAGAAUAUUUAUAUUCCGGUUUUUAGAAAAAAUAUGGGUUUUAUCUUGAAAGAAUAAAUGAACAAAGGCCUUCAUUGAGAAAAAAACAUGAGCCAUAAGUCUUCCUUAGUGAAGACGUUUAAAGCGAUACUGGAAACAAGCUGUUAUCUGCCUUUUUCUUUAAUAUAUGUUCUUUUUUUUUUAAAGAGGUAUUAAAGAGUGAUAUUUCCGCUCGA